AUGACUCUGAAAUGGACUUCAGUUCUUCUGCUGAUAAAUCUCAGUUGUUACUUUAGCUCUGGGAGUUGUGGAAAGGUGCUGGUGUGGGCCGCAGAAUACAGCCAUUGGAUGAAUAUGAAGACAAUCCUGAAAGAGCUUGUUCAGAGAGGUCAUGAGGUGACUGUACUGGCAUCCUCAGCUUCCAUUCUUUUUGAUCCCAAUGAUGCAUCCACUCUUAAAUUUGAAGUUUAUCCUACAUCUGUAACUAAAACUGAAUUUGAGAAUAUCAUCAUGCAACAGGUUAAGAGAUGGUCAGACAUUCGAAAAGAUAGCUUUUGGUUAUAUUUUUCACAAGAACAAGAAAUCCUGUGGGAAUUUCAUGACAUAUUUAGAAACUUCUGUAAAGAUGUAGUUUCAAAUAAGAAACUUAUGAAAAAACUACAAGAGUCAAGAUUUGACAUCGUUUUUGCAGAUGCUGUUUUUCCCUGUGGUGAGCUGCUGGCUGAGCUAUUUAACAUACCCUUUGUGUACAGUCUCUGCUUUACUCCUGGCUACACAAUUGAAAGGCACAGUGGAGGACUGAUUUUCCCUCCUUCCUACAUACCUAUUGUUAUGUCAAAAUUAAGUGAUCAAAUGACUUUCAUGGAGAGGGUAAAAAAUAUGAUCUAUGUGCUUUAUUUUGACUUUCGGUUCCAAAUGUGUGAUAUGAAGAAGUGGGAUCAGUUUUACAGUGAAGUUUUAGGAAGACCCACUACCUUAUUUGAGACAAUGGGAAAAGCUGACAUAUGGCUUAUGCGAAACUCCUGGAGUUUUCAAUUUCCUCAUCCAUUCUUACCAAACGUUGAUUUUGUUGGAGGACUCCACUGCAAACCUGCCAAAUCCCUACCUAAGGAAAUGGAGGAGUUUGUACAGAGCUCUGGAGAAAAUGGUGUUGUGGUGUUUUCUCUGGGGUCAGUGAUAAGUAACAUGACAGCAGAAAGGGCCAAUGUAAUUGCAACAGCCCUUGCCAAGAUCCCACAAAAAGUUCUGUGGAGAUUUGACGGGAAUAAACCAGAUGCCUUAGGUCUCAAUACUCGGCUGUACAAGUGGAUACCCCAGAAUGACCUUCUAGGUCAUCCAAAAACCAGAGCUUUUAUAACUCAUGGUGGAGCCAAUGGCAUCUAUGAGGCAAUCUACCAUGGGAUCCCUAUGGUGGGCAUUCCAUUGUUUUGGGAUCAGCCUGAUAACAUUGCUCACAUGAAGGCCAAGGGAGCAGCUGUUAGAUUGGACUUCAACACAAUGUCGAGUACAGACCUGCUGAAUGCACUGAAGACAGUAAUUAAUGAUCCUUUAUAUAAAGAGAAUAUUAUGAAAUUAUCAAGAAUUCAACAUGAUCAACCAGUAAAGCCCCUGGAUCGAGCAGUCUUCUGGAUUGAAUUUGUCAUGCGCCACAAAGGAGCCAAACACCUUCGAGUUGCAGCCCGUGACCUCACCUGGUUCCAGUACCACUCUUUGGAUGUGAUUGGGUUUCUCCUGGCUUGUGUGGCAACUGUGAUAUUUAUCAUCACAAAGUUUUGUCUGUUUUGUUUCUGGAAGUUUGCUAGAAAAGGGAAGAAGGGAAAAAGAGAUUAGUUAUGUCUGACAUUUGAAGCUGGAAAACCAGAUAGAUAGGACAACUUCAGUUUAUUCCAGCAAGAAAGAAAAGAUUGUUAUGCAAGAUUUCUUUCUUCCUGUGACAAAAAAAAAAAAUUUUCAAAUCUCCCUUGUCAAGUAAAAAUUUGUUUUUCAGAGAUUUACCACCCAGGUAAUGGUUAGAAAUAUUUUGUGGCAAUGAAGAAAAUACUAGGGAAAUUAAAAAAUAAUAUAAAGCCAUUUGAGCUCAUAUUGAAAUUUGUUGCACUUAUAUUGAGAUUUGUUGUUUGAAUUCACAAGUUACAUGAAAAAAUUUACUCAGCUUAACUAUAUUUCACACAUUUUACAUAAACACAAGAACAUUAAGAAGUCUACUGACAGUAUCAGUAGUCACAUCCUCAGAAUAAUUUGGCUUCAUUUUGAACAGGAUUCUGUUGUUUUAACUGUUGCUAAAGAAACUAUUAUAUAGUUAAAUUGUA